AUGCCGAAGUUAGCUUCUCUCCGGGCCGUCAUUUCGAGCUCGAGAAGAGCCAUGAGACCGUUGAGUGUGCGGCGGAAGAUCGCCAACGAUCCAGCACGCGUUCCGGAAGACGCCGUCAGUUUUCUGUUACCUGAAUUCGGAAAAAUACCUUCUUUUCUCAGAAAGUUCUUUAUUUAUUGUUAUACUGACAUCAGCACGAAUUAAAACUAAAAAUAUCUUCAUGUAUCGUAUAUUCAUACAUAUAUAUACAAAAUCGCAAACCUUAUUAAUUGCAAAAAAGUUGAUUUUUUUGAUUUACUGAAUGAACAUGGAAAAACAGAUCUGUUCCUGAUCAGAGAAAAAGGAGUAAAGUUUGUGCAAUAUGUGCAAUCUGUCUUCUUCUGCUUCAGCGUUUGUCCCGCUCGGUUGCGGGGUCCGCUAUUCUGGAUCGUAGGCGCCAUUUUAUUCGAUCGGCUGCAUGGUCUGGGUGUAGUCGGGUGUUCUUCAUGUCGUUGUGGAGAGCGUCCAACCAUCGUAUAUUCAUACAUAUAUAUAUUAAUAGAGUGUGUGCAAUCUGUGCAUGCUUAAAAUUUGAGAAAUAUGUGCAAUCUGUGCAUGCUUAAAAUUUGUGUUUUGCGAAGCUUUGUGCAAUUUGUGCAUGCUUUCAAGGUUUAAAGAAAAUUUGUGCUUUGCACGCAUGUUCAAGGCGGCCGGUCGUAUUACGGUAAUCAAGCUAGGUUUUUGGGAAAUAAAAUGAAAACUUGUGUUCUUUUUGUGACGUAACUCAUCUUGUAACCUCGAGAAAUAGGUCCUUAACAAAAGAGAAAAAAUUUAAAAAAAUAUCCUGGCUCCGAAACUGACGGCGCAAUAUCGACCGGCCACCGGCCGCCGUAGUUCUGUCUCAAACAUGCGUGUUUGGACCUAUAAAUCUUCAUGAGGUAUAUAUUUUAUGUUUUCCAGGGCGCGGAGAAAGUUUCACCUGUGAUCCCCACCACUGAGGAAGCGAGAAGUCACGACGUUCGUUUUGAAACGUCUUUUUUUUUUAAAAAAAUUCGUGAAGCAUGUUCACGGAGUUCUUACACCCAAUAUUGUGGACUAUAUCGUAGCGAGAGUAAUUCUAUACCGCGGGAGAGCCGCGAGCAACAUAUCGCUCGCCUCUCGCUGCGACCUCGCUAACGUCUUGCGUUGUAUCGAUCUCUUAAAAAUUUUCCUUCAAAAAUUUUUUUUUUUCUUUAAUUUGAUUCAUUUCAUCAUAGAAGUCGAAAAUAAAGCAAAAAAAAUUAUUUUGAAUUUCAAGUUUUUUGAGGGAGCGAUAUGGCAGCGAGACUUUGACGAGAUUGCAACAAGAAGCCUUGGCUAUAUCGCCUGCGGCCCACGAUUCACGGCUAGCUUGGGACGCAAAAAGGCAUGGCCUGUCUGCACUCUUCACUAACCAGGGCACUGUCUCGUCUCUUUUCGUGGCAGGACCCUUUUCUCGAUGGCUCAAGCCAGCCGUAAAUCAGCUAUAUAUAGGCAAUUAUUUUGUGUGUAAAGGGAGUCAAGCUUUCAUUCAGUGCGUUGGACGAGGACUAAACAGAAUAAUCAACUUCUGAAAACGCAUUCGUAUAGAUAAACCGAAGCAAAAAAGAGUUUUCGUUAAAUCGCAAACCGCUACUCCCUGACGUCAUUUCAUGACACCAUUCGUAACACAAGAAAUAAGCGUAAUCGAAAUAUUUAUUUUAUUCACGUGAACAUGAUUCAGCAGAUUAUUAUUAUCUCAUUUCAUCACGUCGACUGGUCGGUCUCUUUGCCGCUCUCUCAUGGGAUAAUAUUCCGACGCCCGUCAGCCCUGGACAAGCUGGGCGCUGUACUGUUCCAACAUGGUGAAGCAGUUUAUUCGCUGGUACUACCAACGGGCCAACAUUAUUUCCCAACGCUAGCUGUCACUCCGGGACGUAUUGGACAACAAUUGUGGACCGUCACCCGCGCCGACGACUAAUUCUUCGAUUAUACCAUGAUUCAGCAGAGAUUUUCUUCAACUUACUCUGAAGACUGAAUAAAUUGAUAUGAAUUGAAAUUGAGAUUAAAAAAAUUGAAGAAUGAGAGGAGCCUGAAUUGCGCCUUUGCAUUAAAACUGCGCCUACAGGUUCAUGCAUUACUUAAGAAAAUAGGCUUAGUUUUAAGGCUUCACACGGAGGCGGAGCGCGCAUAGCGCGAAGCCGACUGUGGCUCGCUUCGAAAAAAACUGAGCCACAGUAAAAAAAUUCGUCAAAUAAAUGAAAUACUUGACAUAAAAAGGCAUUUAGUUUCAAAAAAGUGGACACUAAUAACACUAUCAGGUCACUCUAAACGAUUUGCAAACUUGAUACGCGUAGCGAAAAAAAUCUGCAAAAAUGUAUUUCCCAGAAAAAAAUUAAAGGAGCACACUGUGCGUAGGCGUGGGCCUCGACGCCUCGGAUUAUUCCAAACCUUUAAAAAGGUUUCUAAAAAAAGUAAGAAAAAUAGAAGAAUAAAAAAAGUUUCCAAUCAAAAGGGGAUUUUCAAGUGUGUUAUCUUUCUGUUUCUCAUGUGACCGGAAAAAGUUUUCACGUCGAAUCUAAUUUUAUAAAUUGGAACGUAAAAAAUGAAUAAAAUGAUAUGGCUGCGUGCGCAAGUUUUGCAAAUGAAGAUGAUGUCAUAGGGAUGACGUCAGGGAGUAGCGGUUUGCGAUUUAACGGGAAGUGCAAAAAAGAAACCAAAAGCAAAAACCAAGGCAAAAAAAGAAACUUUUGUUUUUCGAAGAAGAGAAAAACUGGCGUGCGAGAUUCUAUAUAGCACGGUUCUCGCGGCUGUAUCGCUUUUUUUCAAAAAUAAAAAAAAAUUUUCCCGGCUAUAUAUACGAUUAGCUUUUUCCCGAAAUCAUUUUAAUCAAAAACGCGUCGUCUUCAAAUUGUCGAAAUUAAUUUGGACACAGCAUAAUAUUAUCGAAAUUUGAGUAGUUUCAAAAAUAAAAAAGAUUUCAGUCGACGCGACGGAGGAGGGCUGUCAAAAAUAACGGAGGAAAUCCUGAUAAUGAAGUCAUAUAAAUCUUCUUGGUCUCCUUUAUGUUUUAUUUUUCAGGCAUUUCCGAAAAAACCGCUUGAUGAGGUACAAUGGGAGGUAUAACUGGUUCACGGCUGGCUUUAAGAACAUGCGGAGUACCUCAGGUGCACUUUUAAUUACCUUCAGUCGGAGGUUUAAAAGAGUUACUCUGAGAGGCUCAUAAAUAGGCGUCUCCCAAUUUCAUUCGUCCAUUUCUUUGUCUCAAGUCAGCCGUGAACCGCCUGUGUCUUUAUGUCAUCAAGUAUCAAUUCAGAAGAGCGUAUCUCGCAGAGUGAGAAAAAUUGGACCAAACACUGUGACUCGGACACAGGAAGCGACUGCUGAUGGCGAGGUUUUUGGCUUUUCUUUCAAUAUUCACAAAAUUCCUGUUUAAGCCGACCACUGAAGCCAAGACGAAGCAGGAUCAAGUCAGUAAAUUAGGAACGGUUAGUUUUCUUCUCCUUUUUGGUUUUGCCAAUCGCAAACUUUUUGCUGGAAUAAAUUCGAGACUUUUUGUAUGAAUUUAUGGAUUUAUUGUUCUGGAUACAAAACAAAGGGCUUCAGAUGAGAAGGACGAUAGCAAGCAGAACUCCACGUAACAGAGGAACCAACCGCGGUCCGGCCCAGUCCCUCGUCAACACCGUUACUGGCAACCGCACCGAAGAGAACAUACCGGUUUGGAAAUUUUGUUUGAUCUUCAGAUCGCAACUAGUACCAAAUCUGAAAGAAAAUAUUAAAGGAAAGUCCUAAACGGAAGUUUUACGAAAAUAUUUUAGGCGUAUCGGUGAAUAAAUUUUUGUCAGGGCACUAUUAAUUUUUCAAAGUUUUCAUUACUUCUCGAUAUAUUAAUCUUAUGUUUUUUUUUUCUGGGUUUGUUGUUUUCCAAAAGAGAAACUAGCGAAAAUAGCUGUUUUUUCCGAAGUUUUUGGUCUAUUUUUCUCACCUAUUUACGUCAGGAAGAAUUUAACUUAUAACUUUUCCACGUUAAGAGUUGUUUGACUUUAGGUUCAAUCAAAACCGAGCACCGUCAAAAAAAGCGGCAAGAAAGCUUUGCGAGAAGGAGAAAUUGUAGAAGGAACUUCUGCGUGAGAGUCACGAGUUUCUGGGAAAAUAGUUCAGCGUUUGAGGUAUAAAAUUGUGUGUCUGAUCCGCAGCGGAAACUACAAUGUUGACUACAAGGUUCUCGACGAAAACGAUCAGGUUUUUUUCUACUAAGCUCUGUCGUUUGGAUGAAAAUUCCUAGGAAAUGUUCUUGCGAACAGAGCCUGGCGGAAAGCCGAAGUUGAAGUUUGCUGUGAGUCAAAACUUGCUUAUUGGAAAGAAGGAUUCUUGCAGUCGAGCAUUUUGAUGAAACUUGGGAAGAUCCCAAUGAAAGAAAAGGAGAAACACGUGCUGGACUUUGUCGAGUUUGGCGUAAGCAAGAAGCACAAGUUGAACGUUUUUCAAAUCGUCAAUCUGAAAAAACGACAUUUUUUUCAGUUCGUUGUGACUUCGUCUCAUGGACCGACGGUUGAAGACGUCAGGAAGCUCUUUGUUCACACGAACUUCACUCUCGACUGCGCCUUCAACGUUUCCGUCCAGGCUCUCAUGGUGAAAUUGCUUUCUUAGAAUUUAUGCAAUUUCAGUUUUAAAUUUGAACAUCUUAAAUAGUAGAAAGGUUUUCGUUGCUGAUGAUUCAAUUUCAUAAUGGUAUUUCAUCGUACAUAAAUCAAAAAAGCAAAAUGAAGAGCAAUAAAAUUUAAAUUAUUGAAAUUACGAGCCUAAGGGUUAGAAUGGUCAGUUGGAACCGCUGUUAAGAUUAGCUUGUUGGGUUCCCUGAUUUUCUCAGCAAAGUUCAAAAAAAAAGAAAAAUUUAAACGUGAAUGCUUUGAUAUUUUGCCGGCUAGUCUCCUCUUUUUCGAAGCUUUGUUGGCACUUUUGAGGUGUUUAUAGGAUUUUUUCUUUCGAAUUUUCCUUUUUGAAAGUUCACUCUAAGGCGCUACAAGCAGUACACAAAUGUGGAUUUAUCAACCGCAACAUGAAGCCGUCGGCGCUGAACAUUGGCCUCGGGGACAAGGAGAACGUGGUCUACCUGGUGGACUUCCGCAUCGCUCGAACUCACAUCGACGCCAACACCAAGCUUCCGAAGCCGGCACGCGCCAAUGUGCCCUUCAUUGGAACGACUCGUUACGCAUCGCGCGCAUGUCUUCAGUGCCUCGACCAGGGGCGUCGCGAUGACCUCGAGUCUUGGCUCUACACGGUAAAUCUUUUUUUUGCCGAAGGAUAGAAAAAAUUAAUAAUUAUUAGCGCUUUUCUUAUUUCAGCCUACUCACAUUUUUAACAAUUUCAUUCAAAUAGCUCGCUGGCUCCGAAGUCGGGAGUUACCUAAAAGGAACCUCAAAAAAAGAUCUUAGUUCCGAGAACUGUAAAAAGAAAGUUUUACUGUUUGAAACACUGCAGCAAAGAAUUUCAGUAUAGCGCCACUUGACGUGAAAGCGUUGACUCCAAUAAUGAGUUUAUGAAGUGUGUGAGAGAUAGAUGCAUGAGCGACGCUCAACAAUCUCAAGUAUAACACUAUCAAAUUUAAAGCCGAUUAUCCUCUCUUUUGCUCUGGAUAUCUUUCAUACUAGUACUUUUUAUGAAAAAAAAAUGUUCACAGGUUUUUAAUCUGAUCGAUGAUAACAACGGCUUGCCAUGGAAAAGAAAGACGCGUCCUGAAACGUUGAAGAUGAAGGAGCAGUUCUUCAAACAUGAAUGUUAGACAUAUUUCCAUGAAUAACUCUCAUCAGAUUUUCAGUAGAAAUAGCCUAUUCCCUGGUGCCGAAGCCUAUGAAAAGACUUGUUGAGUAUGUACAGCAGCUUUCCUACGAGACCGAACCAGACUAUGCGUAAUUUUCAGCUGCUUAGGCGAAAGAAAACAUGAAAUUAAGAUACAUUUUCACCUUCCUGCAGUCUACGAUGAAGGAGUUCAACUUACAAAUGGAAAAAUACGAUUGGAGUGGAAAAGUUCCGAAGGAGCUGACCAAAGAAGUCUAUCACGGGGUUAUUCAUCAAAGAGUCUCUGAAAAAGUUGCUCGUUUCAGGGAGUGCGAUCGCCGGACAACAAGCUUUCCGGUGCCGACGACUUUGAGUUGGUUGAAUUCACCUAAAAUUUAAAUUUGUCAUUGCAGAGGGAAUGCGGCUGCUCAAAUGGCCAAAAAAGUAAAAAGAAUACGUCAUAUUUUUUAAUCAAAUCAAAUUUAGAGGGUUACCGAUCGGAAAAAACUUUCACCUGGAGACUGCAUUAAAAACGGAAUUACAACGUUUCUAGCAAAGCCAUCUCUGACAUCAGAAUUAAUCUUUUCAGCUGGAAAGUUGUAUCUUUGCUCGGCUCCGGAGGGUUCGGAGACGUCUACAAAGUGCGCAACCCUGCAAAUAGGGCUGCUCGGGUGCUUUCCAACUUGUUAUUUGUACAGUUCUCACCUUUUUCCAGCCUCUUGCGCUGAAAACGGAGAGCGCUUUUGGAAGCAAGACGAUGUUACGUCUGAAGGUUGAAGUUGGAGUGAUGAUGACGAUACAUGAGGCGCGAAAGAAACAGCAGAAGCCUUACCGAAACUUUGUCGAGUUCAUUGAUCGCGGAAAAAACGACGAGCUCAAGUGCAAGGUGAGAUGUACAUCUAACUUCUGACCGCUUUUUCCAGUUCGUCGUCAUGAGUCUGGUCGGUCCUUCAGUGGAAGAUGCCCGCAGGAAGUUUGGCGUUAAAAUAUCGCAUCGUCCGUCGGCCUACAACAUUGCGCUGCAAACACUCGAGGUCAGCCUCGGGAAGUUUGGAAUUCUCGAAUUUCAAUCGAUUUUGCAGGGAAUCCGAGACCUACACGAACUCGGUUUCUUGCACCGCGACAUCAAGCCAGCCAACUUUGCCUUUGGAAUCCACGAGAACGAAUCGACGGUCUACGUCCUCGACUUUGGAAUCUGUCGCAGUUUUCUCGAUCCGGCCACCAAAAAGCACCGCGUCCGUUUUAUUUUCUCCACCUCUCCCUUCCCAGUGUUCUGAUUUGAGGCCCCACGCAAAAAAGUCAAGUUUCUCGGUACCACAAGGUUUGCCUCCCGUGCGUGCAUGAAAAACAUGGACCAAGGCAGGAAAGACGAUAUCGAAUGCUGGCUUUUUAUGGUUACAUUUCGAUGAGCUUUAUCGAUCUUAUAACUCAUUCAAGGUUUAUGAUGUGUUCGAUGAACAGUACGGCAUUAUGUGGAAGAACAUCCCCAGAGAAGAAGUUGUCACUGCGAAGGACUUGUUUUUUCAACAUAAACGUGAGAUUUAGUUUUGAAGAACUGUGGAAACAGGAAAAUUGCAGUUUCCAAGGUAUACAGGAACAUUCCAAAGGGCUUGAAGGUCAUUGUAGAGUAUAUUGACAAACUCGAGUUCCAGUCUGAACCAGAUUACGCGUACGUUUUUGUUUCAUUUUAAUAGUCACGAAAGAUGAAAUUCUGAAGGUACAUCGCAAACGUGCUGAAACAGACGGCAGCUGAUGGAAAACAUUCGACAAAUGGCACGAUUUGGGUUGGCAGACUGAACAAAGCCGCUUCACAGAACAACUCGGUUAACUUCUAAGCAAGACUCACUCCAGUAUUGCUUUUUCAGGACGAAAGCGGAAGUUCCGACAUCGAAGUAUCUGGAUCUCAUGAUACCGAGACUUGA